AUGCCCUUACAACAUCAGAUUGUAAACUCCAUCUUGACAGGCACAGAUACUGAAUGCCCUGCAGUGACAGAGAUGAAGUCCUUGGUUAAGAAAAGUCUUGAACCUCGAUACAAAGGAAGUGAGCAAGUUCUCAAUAUGUGCUCAGCACUUGACCCAAGAUUCAAAAUGCUUCCUUUUUUGUCAGAUGAAGACAAGGCUGGGGUUUUCAAUAGACUUACAUCAGAAACAGUUACAGUAAAUGAAGUGAGUAAGGUUAAAAUUGAGCCAGAUGAGAACCUCCUAACUGAAAUUGAUGAGCCAGAAUUACCAAGUUUGCCUGAAAAUUCAGAGAGAGAUAGUAAACCAACUGAACAAGAAUCCACCCAAGGCCCACCUUCAAAGAAGAUCAAAACUGAAACAAAAUCAAUAUCAACAAGCAUGAAAAGUGCAAAAUCAUCAGUAUUUGGAGAAAUCUUUGGUGAUGUCUAUAUUUGUGCAGUUGAGCCACCCAAGACACCUCUUCUUCUUGCUCAGGCUGAAGUACAGCAGUACAAAGAAUGUCCACCAGUUCCCUUGGAUGUGAACCCUUUGCAGUGGUGGAAAGAUAAUGAGCACAAGUUCCCUCUUCUUGCUCGGGUUGUUAAGAAGUACCUGUGCAUUCCAGCCACUAGUGUUCCAUCUGAACGAGUCUUCUCUACUGCUGGAGAUAUUCUUUGUGCCCAGAGGUCACGUCUUAAAUCAAAACACGUUGACAAGUUGAUUUUCCUAAAGAAGAACUUGCUAUAA